AUAAAAUUGUAGCUCUACUAUUUUGAUUGUUAAUCUAACCGAAAAGAGAGUUUAUGCGAUAAGAAUAACGGCACUUUUGAUGCUUUGCUUCUUCUUUUCUUCUUUCAUAUUCAUUUGCAAACUUUUCAUGGACGUUGUUAUUUGCGUAGGUGCAGUGAAGUGAAAUUAAAUUAAUUAAUAUAUUAAAAUUAAGUGUUGAUGAAUCUUAACAAUAGUGAAUUGUUUUCGCUAAAUAUUUUGCGUGCUGUGGAGGCGGAUGAUAUGGAUAAUCCUGAUCCAGAAGACACGGAAUUUUGUAAAUUGAUUUUGGAGUGGGGAUUUUCACAUAAAAUCGCUGAAUUUAAAGCGCAAGCAAUAACCUUGAAAAAUUUGCAAUAUCUGACGGAGUCUGACCUUGCUGAUUUGUUUAAAAACGACACCAUUGGUGCUAGAGCGGAAUUCCGCCAUCAACUCAUAACUUGGAGGAAAACAAACGGGUAUGGUAGCGUGUCGACGUGCGAUACAGCGUCCGCCAAUUCUGGUUUUGUUGACUUUGUGCAGCAGUGGCGACAGCGGAUCAACAAUGGCAUCGAAUCUCCUUCAUGCUCACAAACAUCCAGUUCAUCUUCACAUGACUUCGAUUUGCAGCAAGUGUUAAGUGCCCAUCCAACUGGCGAGUAUGUUCUGCGACUGGACAAACUAGAUGACGCUGGGAGGAAGAUCUUAAUUGAUGCCACUGUGUCGUGGUUUAUUAAAAGAAAAAUCAAAAUAUGCCGAAAUACAUUCCAAUCUAUUGCGCAAGAUAUUGCAAACAGGUUUAAAGAUGACAAGUCGAUUUACUACCACAAAGAUCCUAUUACCUUGAGACCAGCAGGCCGCUUGUACGAUAAAUAUUACAACACAUUGAAGAGAUUGAGGAAAUCCGGUGAAUUAGUGGACCCAGAAAGUUCAACUCCUGAGGCAUCACCGACAGAAGAAUAUACAUUUACUUUCGAGGAUGAAAAAUCUGCCUAUGACUGGCUCAAACUUUUUGAUUCGCCGUGGAGCACAGUUGAAGCAAAUUGGAAAAAAACCUUCAAAAUCAGACGACAAGAAAUUUUGAACUCAAGUGGUAGCACAUCAGCGAAAACUUUACGGGCCUGGAAACUUUUUUCCCAUUCAUGUGGAUACAAUCUGAGUCUUAGUGAAUCCGAAAAUAAUAAUUUUCCACCACAAUUAAACCAACGGCAAUGUAAUCAAGAACGUCAAGAAAUAUACGAAUUUUCUCAUGCUGAGUUCGAAAAUAUUGCGCUACUAUUUUUGAGUAAAUUGCACAGUCAAUCAAAUUUCGCUCGAUCUGAUGCAGAACGACUAAUUGAUGAUAUAACAAAUGAUUUGCUUUUGCCAAUAGCACACUUUUUAGAAAAUAUUAUAUUCGAUUUUGCAGAACAAGAAAAAGAACUCAAAAUGAGAAAGUGCUUUGAAGACCCACAAGAAUUCGACAUUGAUAAUAGAAUUGCGCCCGUAGUUCAUCACCAUGCAAUUUCGUUAACAGAGCAACACAAAAUUCCUUGCAAAUGA